AUGGCCAUGAUCGCAGAUGCCUUCGUCUCCAAAUUAUGUGAGAUGCUAUUAACCUAUGGAAAGGAAGAGGCGGCCAAGAUCUUGGGUGUGCCUGAUGAAAUCAAGAAGCUCCAUAGGAGGCUGAAGAGGAUGCGGGUCGGUCUCGCUGAUGCAGAGAAUAGACGCUUCGACGACGAAGGCAUCAACCUUUGGCUCAACGAGUUACGAGAUCUCAUGUACGAUGCAGACGACAUCGUCGAUGAAUGCCGGAUCGAGGGUGAGAAGCUUCUCAGCUCAAACUCAUCCUCAUCUCGUUGUGCUGAGUGGGUACGUUGUUGCAACCCUCCCUUUGCUUGCUUGCACAAAGUUGGAUUCCGUCAUGAGAUUGGCAAUAGAAUUAGGGAUCUCAACCUUAGGCUUGAUGAACUUGCCAAGGACAAAGCUGACCUCCAUCUUACACCUGCUCCCCAUGAUGACCGCUGUAAAAGUAGAAUAAGUCGCAAGACAUCUCCUGUACUUGUUGAACCUGAUCUUGUGGGAGAGAAAAUUGAGGAUGAUACAAGGAGGUUGGUGGACCUGUUGACCAAAGAAUAUAAGAAAAAAAUUCCAGUCUUUGCUAUUGUCGGCAUGGGUGGGAUAGGCAAAACUACUCUUGCUCAAAAAAUUUACAAUGAUGAAAAGCUUCGGGACAACUUCAACCAAAUGCCACGGAUUUGGUUGUGCGUGUCCCAAGAGUUCUCAGAGUCCGAUUUACUGAGAUCCAUCGUACAACAAGCUGGUGGUGAUCCUGGACAUGCUAAAGAGAAGGAAGUGCUUGAACCCAUGCUUAGCGAAUUACUUAGGAACAAAAAAUUCUUUGCAGUCUUGGAUGAUGUUUGGGAUGCACAAAUAUGGGAUAAGCUAUUGAGAAAUCCUUUGCAGAGUGGUCUGGCAGGUAGUAGAAUUUUAAUAACAACUAGAAAUAUAAAUAUUGCUCAACAGAUGGGUGCUAUACAAACUCAUAUAGUGGAUAAGUUGUCUCGAGAGGAUGGUUGGUCAUUAAUUUGCAAGAUGGUGUUUGAGGAAGACGAGGAAGGAGAAAGGGAUGUGUUAAAGGAUGUUGGGAUGAGAAUUGUAGAAAAAUGUGAUGGCCUUCCCCUUGGUCUUAGGACGAUUGGAGGGGUUCUUCGAACCAAGGCGAAAAGGCAAUCGGAAUGGGAACUGGUCCUUUCUAGCUCAGCAUGGUCUUUUACUAAGCUUCCGGAUGGGGCGAUGGGUGCUUUGUACUUGAGAUAUCUGCAUUUACCACCUCCUCUCAAGCAGUGCUUCACUUGCUUUUCAUUAUUUCCCGAGGACUACCUAAUUUAUCGAGGUUUUUUUCUUAAUAGUUGUACUGCAGAGGGCUUUGUAACAUCCGAAGACAAUACGCCCUUGGAAGUUGUGGCGGAAGGAUAUUGGAAGGAGUUGGUGCAAAGGAACCUCCUACAGCCAGAUCCUGGAUAUUAUGAUCUAUUAGCUUGCAGGAUGCAUGACCUCCUGCGAUCUCUAGCUCAACAUAUAGCAGGGGAUGAGUGCUUCGUCGGAGAUGCACGAGCAUUUGAAAAAAAGAUCACGUCCUCCUCUUCCUCAUCAGCAUCGAUAAAAUUACGCCGUUUAUCGAUUGUAGAUAGAAAAUUAGAAACCAUACCAGACUUUAUAAUGGAACAGACGUCCUUGAGAACCUUGUCAUUCUUUUAUUCCCCACUUAUUCGGGAUCUUCCAGAAGAUCUCUUCAAAAAGCUGAGGAGUUUAAGGGUCCUGAACUUAAGUGAAACUGCCAUUUGCAAUCUCCCAACUUCCUUGGGAGAUCUUGUGCACCUUAGACGUCUUGAUCUCGAUGCGACUCCAAUAAGAGAGAUACCAGAGAGCAUAGGAAAUCUUAGAAAUCUCCAAUUCCUGCUCCUCCCGAAUUGUAAAUAUUUGCACAACCUCCCUAAUGGUGUCGUGGGGUUAAUCAAUCUAAGGAUUCUAAACGUCGUGGGUGCGCCACUUGAUGGUCUCCCUAAGGGAAUAGGGAGACUGAAACAACUAAGUGAAUUAUUGGGAUUUGUGGUGAGUGGUAGUGAGGGCUGCAGAUCUAGAGUGGGAGAAGAUGACACGGAGCAGGAGCAAGAGCACAAGGGACAUCAACAUGGGAGAUUCUGCACCUUGGAGGAGUUGAAAUCCCUGUCCCAACUCCGAAGUUUGACAAUAGUAAACUUGGAGAGGGUAUCAGACAAGGCUGAAGCAAAAGUCGCUGCACUUCAAGCCAAGCCCCAUCUUAUCUACCUAGAUUUGUGUUGCACGCUACCGAGCAGAUCUUCUGAUGUGCAGCAGCCUCAUGCAAAUGAUUACGAGGAGGAAGAUAUCAAGAGAAUAGGGGAGGUCUUCGAGGAACUCUGCCCACCGCCAUGCCUUCAACAUCUUGAAAUCAAUGGCUACUUCGGCCGUGAGUUUCCCAGCUGGAUGAUGACACCCUCCUCGUCAUCACUCCACAACCUACGAAGGCUGGAUCUGCAGGAUUUUGCUCUAUGCCAACAACUUCCAUCCUUGGGAAUGCUGCCCCAACUAGAUUGCCUAUGGAUUAAAGGUGCUUCUGAAGUCACGAGCAUCGGGCCUGAAUUCUUGGUGCUGGCGGGUGCUAGUGCUGGUGGAAGAAAAACAGACUCUUGCUUCCCCAAACUAGAGGAACUUGGAUUUGAAAACAUGACUAAUUGGGAAGAAUGGUGGUGGCGGUUGGAGGAGGAGGACAACCAGACAACACCGUUGCUACCUUCUCUUAAGGAAUUACAUAUUUAUAAUUGUCCGAAGUUGAGGUCUCUUCCAGAGAGCCUCCUCUGUCAUGCCACCGCACUGAAGGAGUUACGAAUUAGAAGGGCCCACAGCCUGAGAGAAAUACAAAACCUCCCCUCUCUUACAGAAUUGAUCUUGUAUAGCAACUCGAGUUUGGAGAGAGCGUCCAACUUUCCUAGACUCAAACACUUAGACGUUUAUGAUUGUGAGGAAUUGAAGGUUGUGGAGGGUGUGAAUGCCGUGGAGCACAUACAGCUCGAUGAUCGAGAAGCAGUCUCUCUCCCAGAGUGGUUAGUAGGUGCUGGUGAAGAGCAACCAUGCUUCCCUUCCCUCCACAAGUUGACUCUCUCCAACAAAAUCUGUCGCCGAGGGCUGCCCGAUUGGCCUUCAAUCCGAUGAAACAACACCCAUCUCAUGUUGAAGCAAUCAGCAAGUAUAGGCCAACGACAGUCAACCGUACAAGAAAAAGCUGCUUCAGCAAGCGAGGGAUGGAAGUUAUACUACUCGGCACCUAUUUGAUAUUCUACAUCAUUCUCGUCCUUUCAGGUACAUAUCCCAACCUGAUCGCUUGUUUUCUUCUGAUACCUAAUCCUCUUCGCAUUUCCUUUCAAGAGACGAUAUCUGAUACCAAUUUUUUUUUCUUCUUUUUUUUUUCUUCGCUGCCUUCUUUUAUUGAAUACAAGAAAUCCUUGUGCGCAUAUUGUAUGAUCUACAGCUUUUUGUGCAGGUCUUGGACCCAGGGACUGCAGUAAGAAAGAAGAAAAGUCUGAGACCGGAUGAUAUGCAGAGCAAUUCCUUACAUUAAUUGGCUACUGUCAGCUGAAAUCCGAAGCUUCUCUCCAAUUGUAUUGGUUGCUGUUAUUCUAGCAACAGCCAAUUACAGAUUCUAUGAGAAAGGAUCGAUGACCCCAAGGUGAUGGUGUUCCAAACUUCAUUACUUCACCUGCUUGGCCGUAAAAAGUUUGCAUCAUGGACAAAAUCUCAUGAGAUCAUUGUAUCAUACUUGGGAGUAUCAGACGUUGGAAAGAUGUGAAUGAAAGUAUGGAGUCUGCGAGCAAGUACAUUAACGAAUUCUGGGCACAUUUGUUUUGGGGAUUUGACUGCGGAAAUCAUGUUCGACGUAUUAUUACCACAUUUGGAUGGACAAGGAUUAGAAAGAAAUAACAUUUUUUUAGAAUGUAUUUGCAUGAAUGCAUGAGCAGAUGGAUUCAUGAAUACAUAAACUAUAUUUUGUACUUUGAUUUGAGAGCAUGUAACAGCAGAAUUCUCUCAAUUCCUUCAAGCAUUCCACAAUAUUUUUCUAAAGCAAAUUAGUAUUCGAAAACAUGUGAUAGAGAAAACAUGUUGUAUGUCUAUGAUCUAUUGAAAAAUUCUUUUGAUGCAUCUA